AUGAACCCCUCCUCCCAACCUGUCGCACUUGUAAUCGGUGCUUCCCGCGGCAUUGGUCGCCAGGUCGCGGUCGACCUUGCAAAAGCAGGUUAUGCCACAGCGGUAGCUGCCAAAUCAACUUCCGAUGCGUAUAAAACCGACCCAUUCCCUCCUGGGCCUAAUUCUUCCAGCAGCACAAUCAAUACUGUGGAGAGAGAGAUAAAGGAGUCGGGCGGUGAGGCGUUUGCUGUCACCGUGAACACGAGAGAUCCUGAGAGCGUGAGGCGCGGUGUGGACGCUGUUGUGGCGAAAUAUGGUCGCCUCGACGUCAUCGUCUACAACAGUGGCGCAAUCUGGUGGGCCUCCGUCGAGAACUCACCUUUCAAACGCUUUCAGCUCAUGCAGCAAGUCAACAUCGAAGGUCUCUAUGCCACCGUUCAGGCAUCCCUCCCCCAUUUCAAAGCUCAAAACUGGACCGGUCGCAUCAUAGUCGUCUCUCCGCCCAUAUAUAGCCGCUUCUUCCGUGGCAAGACCGCGUAUGCCGUGGGAAAGAUUGGAAUGAGCGUGCUAGUGAAGGGCUUGGCGAUGGAUUGGGAGCGAGAGGAAAAGAGAAACAUGGCUAUCUGUGCGAUUUGGCCUGCGGCGGCGAUUGAGAGUGCGGCAACUGUAAGGGAGACUGAGUCGAAUACUCAGAUGGCAGAGAAUCUGCGGAAACCGACCAUCUAUAGCGAUGCCAUCCUCGCGAUGCUACGCGCCCCCACAUCCAUCGUCAAUGGCCAAUUAUUUCUCGACGAAGACUUCCUGCGCGAGCACUGCGGAGUUACAGACUUCACCAAGUACUCUCUUAUUCCUGGGUCGACACCCAGACGCAUCAUGCCUGCUAAGCUGCCAGACCUGAGGGUCGCGGAGCAGGAUGACGAAGGCGAUCGUAUGGACAGCGCGAAGCUUAGGGCUUCGAAAUUGUAG